UUUUAAGCAGGGGCGGACUGACCAUUUGGAAACUCAGGCACUGCCCGAGAGCCCGAGGUCAGUAGGUGGUCCCAUGAGAUGCCCCUGGUACCUUUUUCAUAGGCUUUUUUGAGUUUGGGCAAGGACACAGGGGCCCCAUGAUCCCCUAUUGCCUGGGGGCCCCAUGAGUUGUCAGUCUGCCCCUGGUUAUAAGUAUAGUGUUACUUUUGCAAUGUUUCCCUUAAAGAGAUAUUCACAUAAGCAGUGUCAGAGAAUGUUACCUGCACAUAUGCAGUGACA